AUACUCAAUAUCACUCUUCGAAUUACCUGAUCAAAUCUCGUCGCACUUCUGCUCCACUGCUCUCGUCUGUACCUUUAUUUUGAUCCUUUUGAUCCAAGGAGCUACCUAGCCUUCUCAUUUCAUAUUUUCUCGAAAACUCAUUACAACUGUUAUCCGUGUCGAAUAUCGACCAUUUAGAAAGGAUCAUGCGCGUUGGCGCUCACUGCACAUAAACAAAGGGUCCAGCAGCAUCCCCGCUGCUUGCCAGGUCACAAUGGGUAUCCAAGGAUUAUUGCCUCUACUCAAGUCUAUUCAGCGUCCAUCACACCUGAAGAGAUUUGCAGGACAGACAUUGGGAGUCGAUGCAUAUGGCUGGCUGCAUCGGGGUACCAUUGCGUGCGCUAUCGAUUUAGCACUUGGAAAGCCCACAACUAGAUAUAUUGAUUUUGCCUUGAAUCGAGUUCGUAUGCUGAUCCACUUUGGAGUAACUCCAUACUUGGUUUUUGAUGGAGACUAUCUCCCGAGCAAGGCUGCAACCGAGUCAGGACGGGCUGCACGGCGUGAAGAAAGCCGUAAGGCUGGCCUCGAGCUUCUCAAGACUGGCAAGAUCCAGCAAGCCCAAAUUGAGCUCCAAAAGGCCAUUGAUGUCACUCCAGAAAUGGCCCGUGUUCUUAUCGAUGCCCUUAAGCGUAUGAAGGUUAAAUACGUCGUCGCUCCUUACGAAGCUGACGCGCAAAUGGCCUAUUUGGAGCGCAAGGGCUUUAUCCAGGGUAUCAUUUCUGAGGAUUCUGAUCUCUUGGUGUUUGGCGCCAAAUGCCUACUAACUAAGCUCGAUCAAUAUGGCGAGUGCAUCGAAAUCAACCGUAGCCGCUUCACGGCCUGCCGCGAAAUAAGCCUCGUGGGAUGGACCGAUGCUGAUUUUCGCCGCAUGGCCAUACUGAGCGGCUGCGAUUACCUAGCUUCCAUAAACAAGAUGGGUUUGAAGACAUCGUAUCGACUAAUUCGAAAGUACAAGUUUGUUGAAAGACUUUUGCGCAUCAUUCAAUUCGACGGUCAAUUUCGCGUCCCGCAAGGCUAUUUGGAAGAUUUUCGAAAGGCUGAGUUAACCUUUUGUCACCAGCGGGUGUUUUGUCCCGAAGCAAAGGCUUUGGUCAUGUGCAAUCCCUCCGAGGAACAAUUAGUUGGCGCCAAAUUCGACUUUCUGGGUGUCGACUACAGCCCCGAGAUUGCUCAAGGCGUUGCUCGUGGCGAUUUACAUCCUAUGACGAAGGAAAAUAUUGUCAUCCCGCAGGCGCUUGACCCGAUUCCUCGAACUCCGGUUGCGCUUGCUCAGGGAACAAUGGCCAGUAGCUUUUCUGAUCUCAAAGGCAAUAAGCCAAUAGAUGGCUACUUUCGGCCCCGGAGAAUGCCUCUUCAAGAGCUUGACCCGAAUUUAUUCACCCCAUCCCCAACUCAACAGCGUGUCUUGGAAACCAACAGCCAUCAAUCCUGGACCAGUCGCUCCGCCCCGGCACGUUCGACUUCGGCCACCACGAUUGAAGAUUUGGCCCCAUCUCCCGCCAUUGCGCCAGCCUCUGCACCUUCGACCAUUGACAGAGCCCGCUUGCGCUUGUCCGCUAGACGUGCGACAUCCGGCUCUCUUGGUGGUUCUAGACUUUGUACUGACAGUGAGACGCCGAUCACGUCCCAGUCAACCCGCAGUCGGUUCUUCGCGGAUGCUGUCGAUGAUCCUACACCCUCAGCCCAUGAAGCGCGUGCGCGAAAGAGAAAGGGCAUUGACGUCAAUAUCUGGUCUGAUGAUUCAGUCGAAGGUAUCAUGGCUGAUUUGCCAGACGUAUCUGACUGCCCGAGUCCGUCCAAGAAGGGGAAGAUGGACGUCUUCCAGGAAGGCAAGCAUGAAGACUUUGUGCCAGAGUCACCUGAACCAAUUUCGGCCAAGUCGGUUUCUGAGGAAAGCCAAGCUACAUUUUCAGAGUCCUCUCAGUUUACCAACGGCUCGAAGAACAACACUCCGCCUUCGUCCCUUGAAAGCAAUGUUCCUUCAAAGGACGUUGCCAGCAUCCUCGAUAAAAAUGUUCGCGCGGAAUUGCAGGAGCUGAAGGACCGAUUUGCUUUUCGGCCUUCAGAGAACACCAAUGUCUUCAGUCUAGGAGGCAAGAAGGGACUCAAGAACACCGUUCCAGGCCAAAGUGCUCGAACUCCUCUGCAGACACGGACCCCAUUGAAAAAAGAAUCCAGUGAUUAUUCUAAGAUGAUCAGUCCGAGAAAAAGCGAGAUGUUGUCAUUUUCGGGUCAAAAGGGAGUACUACGCCGUGCCCAAACUUCGCUUGAGGAUGUUUUGAAAGGGCUAGCUGGCAACGAAGGUGAUCACAAGGCCCCAUCAAUGAGUGCCCACAAGAAAAACCACAAUGAAGAUAAGGUCGCACAUCCUGUAUCACUUCCGCUCAAAGGUAGCGAGGACAUGAUGGUUCCUGACAGUGACGGCGAGGAAGAUUAUGAAAGUAGUGGUGUCAAUAACACAGAGACGGAAGAGCAUAAACCCGUACUUGACCUUGGGAAGUUUGUUUUUGCACCAAAAUGAUUUUUAUAUUGAUACCACAAGGCUCGGCGUUUGAUAUUUGGUCUGCUUCACCAUAGCGGAGGACAUACUACAGGGAAAAGCAGCAAGAUGAGCGGCGUUUAGCGAUUACGAUUAUCAAAGGAGCGGAUUAUUGUUUCCCGUCAAGGCUUUCAAAUGGUUAUCAGAAUCGGGCUUCUUUUCAUUUUGUAUCUCGCAUCUUUUUAUUUGAGGCGUUUUCUUCAGCUUUAAAGCACUGAAGAGCAGUUAUCGUGGAGUAGCAUCCUUACCCCAAAACCACGACAGAUUUUAUCAAUCGUUUCUAAGUUCAUUUGACAGAUUUGAAAGGUGAACCCGUGGUGCGUGACACGUAGCAGAGGUUGAUAAUAAACGUAAAUGGAAAUGCUACCUGGAUCUUCCUUCUGCACGGACAGCUUUUAUAUCUGGACAGGAUGAGAUGAGGAAUCGUAAGAAGAAAAUGAAGAGGUUGGGGUGACAAGUAAGCGAGC